GCAAAAGAAAGUUUAGUGGCGUCAUAUACGAAUCUCGGAAGAACCCCGGCUGAAUGGUUUACUUCGGCCCUUCCAAGGGGUGUGAGACCUGCAAGGGCAGACGGAAGAAGUGCGAUGAGACCCGUCCGUCUUGCUUGAGAUGCCUCAAAGCAGGCCGCACAUGUCGAGGUUACGAAGAUACUGGAAGCGUCAUCUUUCGCCAGCAUGAAAAUCAAAGUGACAGCCAACCCCAGUCUAAGCCGGCUUUCAAGUCGAUGGCCCGCAAAUGUAGCUUGGCUGCUCGAGAACCGGUCCCAGGAACUGACUUCCUCCCCGACGAUGGUCCCCCAAAGGAAGUAACACAAAACAGAAUCAAAGAACUGGCGCUACAGGCCUUUUUUUAUGACUAUACUGACGUCUCUGUGAACUCUUCCAUAUCGGGAGGCUUUUUGGGUGGCCUGGAGCCGAUCGUGCAAGAUUUAGGACUAGACUCACACGUGGCAAACGCAUGCAAAGCUGCUGCUUUCGCCAGUAAUGGGUUAAAGCUGCGUCGACAGUUCCUGAUACAGCAGGCCGAAACCUUGUACCACGAGCUGCUGGGAUAUCUCGCCAGUUCCAUGCAGGCCCCGGCUGCAAGCAGUCACGAGACCCUAAUUAUUGCAAUACUGCUGGGGCUCUAUCAGAUGGUGGUGGCUGAAGAGGCUAACCCAGGCCACCAUACAGCCCAUGCUGGAGGCGUGGCUGCAAUCCUGCAGAUUGAAAACAAUCCCUUAGAGCUCGUGCAGGCUGUUUUGUCUGGUCAUCCAUUGGUUCUUAAUGGGAAAAAGAAUAAUGCUCGGUCUGCACGUGGCACAAGCGGUGUUGAUCAGAGUUUAUAUAAUCUGUUGAUUAAACUGAACCCCAUCUGGAACCGCACGGAGGCUCUCCUCGCCGGCCCACCCGCUCCACUUUUCUUUGAGGACGUUUUUGCCUUGAAGUUGGAAGCGAUCGCGCUAAAUCACGAUCUUGACAUCUGGCAGCAGAAUCAAAGUCAAGAGUUCAGGCCAACUACAGUGGAUCCAGGACUUCCGCCAAGGCCCAAUCCCGGGGCAGGUUACAGGCACGGUCGGAUUGAUAUGUACAUCGAUCUCUAUGUCGCUGCCUUGUGGAACUUUUCCCGUAUCGCACGAUGUUUACUCAUCACCCUGAUCAUGCGGUUGUCGGGUGUGCUCGAUGAUGGAGUUAAUCAUGAUGCGGAUCAUCAGGAGGCUUUGCGCCUUGUAGAAGAUAUGAUCGCAUCCAUUCCUUACCAUUUAUCGGAAGAUCUGCAAGUAUUUUUGCGUGAGCGACACGAUCACACCAAAAUCACCAACGCUGGGCGACCGAUUUUCCCACUGGAGAUGCGUGAAUAUUUCAAAACAUGCCUAGUCUGGAUUGGACGGAGGAUGGGAAUUGGACAGGCUGCUUUCUUAGCACAGACAACCAAUACUUUUCCGGUGGAUGCCUGA